AUGCCAUUGGUGUUGGUCGUGGCCGUCUCACUGGUCGUCACCGUCGUAGCCGACAGUGGCGCUGGCGUUGGCGCACUCUCAGAGGUCGUGUGCGGAGUCGUGGUGGAACUCAAGGUCGUCGAAGAACUCGCAGAGGUGCUGUGCGAAGUGGCGGUGAAGCUCGUGGAACUCGCGGUCGUCAAAGGUACAGUAGCGCUGGAGCUCGCAGAGGUUGUGUGCGGAGUCGUGGUGAACUUACAGUCGUCGAAGAACUCGCAGAGGUGCUGUGCGAAGUCGCGGUGGAACUCGUGGAACUCGCGGUCGUCGAAGAUACAGCAGAGCUUGAGCUCUCAGAGGUCGUGUGCGGAGUCGUGGUGCUUGCAGUGGUCGUGUGCGGGUUCGUUGUGGAACUCGCGGUCGUCGAAGAAGUCGCAGAGGUCGUGUGUGGUCGUGGAAGAACUCGCGGUCGUCGAUGCCACCUUUUCACAAAGCUUAUAG